AAAAGUAAAUCGCCCAAACCACGAAAACCAAAGAGACCGAAUUAUUUCUUAACAUAAAAUUUCUGAAAAAAGAAAAGAAGCCCCAAAGUGAUGCACAAGAACUUAUUUUAUCUACUGUAUUUUUCAUUUUUCCCACCGAUUUUAGGCCGAAGUUAAUUUAUUGAACUCGUCGUCAUAAAAUUCACCACCUCCACCCAACCCAGUCAUGCUUCAGUAAAACCCUCUUCCAUUCUUUUUCUUAAAAAAAAAAAAAAGGAAAAAGAAAGAAAUUUAAGGAGGUAAAAAAAAAAAAGGACAUUCAGGAAGAAUUCUCGAUACGCUUCGUUUCUCGUAAUUGAUAAUUCCACGAAUAGAUUAUUUUCAUACAGAGACAGACAGAUAAUUUGUUGGUUAACGGUGUAGACGAAGGAAUUUAUCUUUCUUCGGUAUGCGCAAAAUCGAUUGCAUUCAGUAGGAGGAGGAGACCACACAAUCGGUGCCCUAAUUCGGGAUUUUGAUUUCGAUUGAAAUCAGGUACCACUGUUCUUAUCUAUCCUGGUCAGUUUAGUGGAUACUCUGAUUCAUCCUUCCUGCAGUGUCAAAUUGGAUGCCAUAGAAAUUACUUGGUCCUGGUUUCUAAGUUCUCCCUAUGGACCAUAACGCUUCAUCUCCAAAGCCCAGCCUGUCUCCUAGUAGUGAUCCUGAGGAGAAAGAAAUCAGUGAAGAUGAUGAUGAUGACCGUAAUCAUAAGCAUCGUCGACGAGAAACACGUUCGCAAUCUCUGGAAGGGGAUGUGUCUGAGCAAGUUUUCACGCGAUCAUACAGAAAGCGGAACAGACCUUUUGAAAACGGGCAUCCAUUCAGGGACAGUGCCUCUCAGUAUAAUGAAACCUGGAAGAACCACAACACUAUCAAUGAGGAAAGAGAUUCCUCUGGAAGAUUUGAUAAAAGACGCCAACAUGCAGCAUCAUUUGCUAGAACUCCAUUUGACUUGAGCCAAAGAAGGGGUAGAGGUAGAGAAUCUAGUUCCUGGAACCAACGUGAUUCCAGGUUCAAUUCCGUUGACCUUGCUUCUCAACUUGUGCAACCUGGAUCUAUUCCACCAAACUUGUUUGCAGGAAGAGGAUUGCCAAAUGUUGCAAAUAUGCAGAAUGCAUCAUGGAAUGCCUUCGGGUUGAUUCCAGCAAUACCUAAUGGUGGUCUUGAAAAUCUUCAUACAAUUGGUAUGCCAGGAGCACUUAACACAUCUAUUAAUCCUCCUUUAAGUUUAGGCAUUCCUCGGGCUCGCUGUAGAGAUUUUGAGGAGCGUGGUUUUUGCUUAAGGGGUGACAUGUGCCCAAUGGAGCACGGUGUCCACCGAAUAGUUGUUGAGGAUGUUCAGAGCCUUUCGCAGUUCAAUCUUCCGGUUUCACUCCCUGGCGCACAUAUGUUGGUACCGCCUGGUGAACAAGGACCUUUGCCUGCAAAUGCUCCCUCUGGCACGUUGAUGAAUACCAAAAGUGUACAAACCAAAAGUAAAAAAUCUGGAGUGGGUGAUGAUGGAUUGGCUGUGAAUGGAGCUGGAGGAUCUGAUUUUUAUGAUCCUGAUCAACCAUUAUGGGCUUAUAAUUCUCAUGAUGCUUCUCCUGCUCUUCCAAACUUAAAUUCAUCUAAUGCAGAUAGAAUUGAUCCUUUGUCUGAUCAUGAUAAUUGUGAGCAUCUUUUGAUCGGGCAGAUCGAUAGUUCUGACCAUGACCGUUUGCUUGGCAAUUUAGGGUCUGCCGCAGCAUCUCAAAGUUCAUCUGUGUGGGGAAGGAUUAAUAGUUCUAAAAAUAGGUCAGAGGUGAGGGAGAAGAUUGAUUUUAAUUCUUCUCCUGGUCUUCUUGAUAAUGAGAGAAAGGAUAUGGAGUCCAGUAGCGGGGCAGAAGUCAUUGUCCAUAAAGGGAAAUUGGCAAAUGGCAACGAGACUGGGUCACAAGUUAUAGGAUUGCCUUCUAAGGCUCAGAGUGAUUCUGGGCGUACUUCGAGAAAGCCAUCACAAAAGGCACUUCGUACAUUAUAUGUGGGCCACAUUCCUCUGAAAGAUAACAAAAGGGAGGCUCUAUUUUCUCAUUUUAGAAAAUUUGGAGAGGUCAUUGACAUUUAUAUACCAUCAAACAGUGACCGUGCUUUUGUUCAAUUUUCCAAGAGGGAAGAAGCAGAAGCUGCCUUGAAGGCACCUGAUGCUGUAAUGGGCAAUCGUUUCAUCAAGUUAUUUUGGGCUAAUAGGGACAGUAUUCCUGAUGAUGGAUCAAGUGGUGUUAAUUUACCUAAUGUCCGAGGGGUGGCAGUCACUGCCAGUCCCACCUACCCAUUGGUCACAAGCAAAGGAAAAGACAAUGUUCAAAUUUCUGCGUCUAAAAAUAGUGUUGUGCCAUCAUCCACAACUACUUUGCCCAGAUUAGAAGAUAACCAGAAGCCUUUAGUUACAAAUGGAGCCCAAGCUACUCCUCCCCUGCAAAAGAAGCUAGAGAGCCUUGAGCUUUUGAAGGAAGAACUACGGAAGAAACAGGAAAUGCUUGAUCAGAAAAGGAGUGAAUUCAAGCGUCAUCUGAACAAACUUGAGAAACAAGCUGGCGGUAAAGAUGACUUAGCAUCGGAUCCGCCUACUAAGAGACAUAAAGGAGGCUUGUUGGUUGAUGUAGAGAAAAUUGAAAUGUCGAGGUCCAGUGAAUCUGGUACUGUUGUUGCUUCCCCCCAAAAAGUGGAGGUGGCGGUAGAUAGUGGUAAACCAGCCGAGAAUUCUGUAGCUCAUGGUUUGAAACCCAGUUCAACUAUCAUGGCGCCAGAUGCCUCAACAUUAAGACCUUUAAUACGUCCCCUGGCUCCAGUAGGGGCGCCUUUUGUUAUCAACAGAUUCAAGCUGGACAACCGUCCUACUGCAUUCAGAAUUCUACCACCUCUACCUUCUGGUCUUGCAAAUGUUUCUGCUCUGAAGGACCACUUCUCUACUUACGGUGACCUUUCUCUUGUAGAAGUGGAAGAUAUUGAGCCUCAAGAUAAUAGUGUUUGCGAGCCAGAGACAUCGAAGAUCUCAGCUCGUAUAUCUUUUACGAAUCGACGUUCUGCUGAAAGGGCAUUUUUGAAUGGCAAAUCCUGGCAAGGGGAGAAUUUGCAGUUUAAGUGGUUGAUGUCUAGUAAAGCUGGAAAGGAAAUUAGUGGGAAGGAAAAUCCACCUACUUCUUUGAAGUCGUCACCCUCAGAUGCUAAUAUACAAUCAAGUGGAGAAGUUUCAAACCAUGUAACAGGUUCCUCAGAUGUUAAUAUACAAUCAAGUGGAGAAGUUGCAAACCAUGUAACAGGUUCCUCAGAUGUUAAUAUACAAUCAAGUGGAGAAGUUGCAAACCAUGAAACAGCUUCCUCAGGAAACAAUGCCUCGGAGGAAAGAAGUGUAGAUGAUGCAAAAUCUGUGGAUCAGGUUGGGGAUUUACAAUCUUGUUGAAACCUUUCACCUUAAUUUAGACAGUUUUUUUUUUUUUUUAAAUUUUUUUUUUUAUACUGGCCAAAUUGUCAGAGUUGUACAGAGAGGUAAACUUCAUGCACAUGAAAAUACUCAAGUGUUUGAUCCAUUGCUGUAAUCUGGUAUCAAUUUUGUUAAAAUUAUUCCAUAUUUGGAAUUGUAAAGAGGGAAAUUUUGUUUCUUAAUUUAAACUAUAGCUAAGCUGUGUGGUACCUUUAGUGCUUGUAACUUGUAAACAGUUGUAUUUCUCACGUGACACGAGACAUUUAAGUGGAAAUUGUUUCACCCCUAGCGGGCU